AAACACUUUCAGCUUCACAUUUGUUUUUCAAAUGAUCAAAACAUUUGGCUCCAGCUUAAGAAGACUGACAAAUACUACAACUCAUGUCCCACUUUGGAGGACACGUCCUGGUGUCAUUCCUGCUGACUCAGUGUCUAUAUUAAGUGUAGAAGUUGUGAUGAAGAUGAGAAGUCAGAAUGACAGCCAGUGAAAUGGGUAAGAGCAGAGAUCUCAAUGGUCAUGAGUCUACUGAAAGAGUCAGAUAUAUUUUCAUGAAUCAAACACCAGCAAAGUAGAACAGAUUAUGUUUCUGUCUUUACAGGAAUUCCCCAACUGGCUAUUCUGACCAAGGUUGAUGCAGCGUUUCCUGUAGUGAAACAAAAUAUGGACCAAGUAUAUAAGAACAAGUACUUGACUACAAAUCAUGUCCCACUUUGGAAGACAGAGUUCCCAUGUCACAUGAUUGUCUGUAUGUGAAAGUGAAAGCAUACAUCCUACAUAAAGGGGUUCAACCUGCCACCAUUACUGAAGCAGCACUCUGCAGAGCCACAGAUACAAAGGUAAAUGAUUUAUAUCAUGUCUAACAAAUAUUUUGAUGACAAAUGUCAUUGUAGUGUAGUAUCUUUAUUCUCAUAGUGUUAUUCAGAUGUAAACAACCAAUAGAUCCAGUGCUAGAAAAAGGAAAGUGAAUGAACGUCUUACCUUCCAGCGCCAGAUAACGUUUUAUCACCCUGAUCAAUAUAUUAAGUUGAGCUACAUAUCUUCACAAGGUUGAUAAAAAAAAUUUCUUUUUUACUUUUAGACUUUUAUAAAAGCAGUGAUUCACAUAGAUCUAUAGAUAGAUGGGCAUAUAUCCUGGAAAUGUAUGUGUAGCAGUAGCAAUACAGAAAUUAAAAUGAAAAAUGAAUGCACGACAAAUGCACAAUAUAUACACAAUACAAUAAAAUGCAAUAGAACAGCAAAUUAGAUUAAAUUGAAAGUGAAAUAGAAGCAUGUACAGUGGGGUGGAAAAUUACAUAUUAAAACCUCUUACCUCUCUAAAAUUGUAUUGACUUUUAUUUUAUUUCAGUGUGCUUUGACAUAACUUUAGAGUAAUAUAAUAUUUUGGUCAGAUUUGUGACCGUCGUCUUGAAGGUUUUUCAGGUUGUUUCCUGUCAUCAUCUCUAACUCUGCAUACUUCCUACUACCCUAUAUGGCCACGCUUUCAUUUUCUAGUUUGAAAAAAUCUCUCCACAAAUAAAUGUAAUUACAGUAUUUCAUUUGCAUUUUUAUCUGUAGGAGUUGAAGUUAUUAUUUCAAUUUAGGCAUUAGCAACAAUCAUUCUCCAGAAAAAUGCAUGCACAUCUGCAUGUUACUGUCUCCUUUUACAGCAAAGAGAAUCGCCAUGGGUGGAAAACAGUCAAAAGCUGCUCCUGCUGCUGAACCUUUGAUUGAAGAGUGGAGGAAAAUACAAUGGAGCCAAAAAAAGGAAGUCCUGCAGUGUGUGACGGAUUAUCAGCCUCACAACAAAGACGUCAAACAGCUCAGAGUUCUGCUGUACGGAUCUGUUGGUUCUGGAAAGUCCAGCUUCAUCAACUCUGUCGAAAGUGCUUUACGAGGAACGAUCUCUCGUCGAGCUUUCGCAGAUGCAAACUCCCACAAAUCCUCCACCAUAAAACACCGAACCUACAAAAUCAACAGAGAAGGACCAGGAACAUUUUACCCUUUUGUCUUCACUGACAUCAUGGGCAUCGAGGGGUCAGAAACACAAGGAGUUCGUGUGGAAGACGUCAAACUGGACAUGAAGGGACACAUAAAAGACGGUUACAAAUUCCAUCCGUACUCUGAAAUAUCAGAGGAUGAUCAAUACUACAACAUGAGUCCCACCCUGGAGGACAAAGUUCAUGUUCUGGUUUGUGUCGUUGAUGGCAAAACAUCAAAUAUACUGAAUGAUGAAUCAGAGAGAAAGAUGAGGCAGAUCAGACUUGCAGCUAGAGACUUGGGGAUUCCUGUGCUGGCUGUUCUCACUAAAAUUGAUGAGGCUUGUCCAGAGGUCCGCUCCGAUGUAAAGAACGUGUAUAAGAGCAAGUACAUAAAGGAACUGAUGGACAAAAUGAGUGUGGGACUGGGCUUUCCACUAAACUGCAUCUUUCCUGUGAAGAACUACAACUCAGAGAUGGAAACAAAUGAUGACAUCGAUUCACUGAUCCUGAGUGCACUGAAACAUAUCAUUAACUCUGGAGAAAACUUUGUCAACCAGCCAACAACCUAAAAUACUGCUGAGGCAAAUCUUGCCUCAUCUCAGCUUCAAAAAAGUCUGUUUGUGGGGAUAUAAUUAUAUUGAAAUGGACUUGGGUUUUAUUUUUGUGAUCAUUAUCUUAUCUGCUCUCUAACGGUCUCGCCUCUCCUAAUAGUUGAAUACAGUAUAUUAGGCUGUAUCGCCCUCACCAUGCAUUCGAGUUUUUGCAUUAUUAUUUUGAUAGUUAUGCUUUUUUAAUUUAGGUGGUAAUGUCCAUGUUCCAGUCCCCCAGUAAUUAUUGAGUACUUCUGUUUAGGUAAACCCACAAUAAAUGACAUAAACAAAAAACA